UUUAUCUAAGUGUGGUAAUGCGCCAUCUGACACGGUUUUAAUAUCACUUGUUAUCAAGUGUCUGAAAAGAACAAAGCUAUCCCCCUCGCCACUUCCUUUUUUUCAGAUGCCCCUUUAAUUGUUUGGUAUUUCGUAUUUGUUUAUUUUAAAGGGAGUGGAGUCUCUUUCUUUCUUUAUUUUCUCCCACUUUGUGUUUAAUGCUCCGUUUCGAGAGGCGCGUUGUACGGGUUAAUUUAGCGCGAGUUCCCCCGGCUCCUGUAGCGAUUAUUGCGCACAGUGGGGUUGCUGUGCUGUUCGUUCCCGCGGAGGCGAUGCCCUUUUGCGGAGAGGUCUUGUCACAGUGGACAGACGGCACCCUCACAAUCAGGACGCAAGGACACAAAGAGAAUAAUUGCAUUAAAAAGGACCAUUCUUUCCGCAACUGCCCAGGAGGGGUGUUGACUGUGGGUGUUUGAGAGGCCCUUUGUUGCUUGAAAAGAAGUAGCCAAGAAUAUGCACUGUGGACUAGCUGUAUGUUUUAUGAACAGUGUUACUGUAUACUGUUAGGGCGCUCGCACACGUCUCUCUACCUCUUUGGUUCGCGGAAAAGUCAGUGCUGUGCAGUUUUAACAGAGAAACUGGUUUGAAUAGUUCGAAAAACAACAAGUUUAUGGCGUAUGCUCUUUGCGCAUUGGAUUUGGAGACCGCUGCGCGCCUCCAGUACUUUAUCUAACAGUACAUUCUCGAAAUUAGUCUUUUCUCUAAAUCUUCAUGUUACUUCAUUUGCCACCAUAAGCGUUCGUAAAAAAAAAAAUCCUUGGGAAUUUGAGUUCUCAGCUCCCUUAAACGCCUCACAUUUGUAACAAAUUCAUUUUAAAAGGGGGGCGUGGAAGUGAAAACCUUCAAUCAUAGGCUACCUCAAUUUGUGGAUAUUUCUUCGAGGGAUGCCAAUGGACAGAUACGCUGACAUGGAGGACAAACUGCGCAUUUUGGAGGACCUGAACAUGAUGUACAUUCGCCAGAUUGCCCUGAGUUUACAGGACAGUAACAUCCAGAAGAAAAUAGACCAUGAGAUCCGGAUGCGUGACGGGGCCUGUAAGCUGCUGGCUGCGUGCUCCCAGAGAGAACAGGCCCUGGAGGCCUCCAAGAGCCUGCUCACCUGCAACACCCGCAUCAUGGCCUACAUGUCGGAGCUGCAGAGGAUGAAGGAGGCCCAGGUCAUGCAGAGGGUUGCACUAAGGUCAUCGGACGCAGGGCCCACGGACGACCGACUACCCUGUAAAGGAAAGGUGGCCAUCUCAGACCUGCGGAUCCCUCUCAUGUGGAAAGACACAGAGUACUUCAAGAACAAAGGAGAGCUGCAUCGGUGUGCAGUGUUCUGUCUGCUCCAGGUGGGGGCGGAGAUCCACGACACAGACAUGGUGAUAGUGGACCGGACACUCACCGACAUCUGCUUUGACAACACCAUAGUGUUCAGCGAGGCCAGCCCGGGAUUUGAGCUGCGCGUGGAGCUGUACAGCUGCUGUUCAGAGGAGGACUACUCCACAGGGAGCACGCCUCGGAAACUAGCCAGCAAACUGAGCAGCUCUCUGGGCCGUUCGGCAGGGAAGAAGCUCCGCGUCGCCAUGGACCCUGGAGCCUGCAGCCCCAUCAGCAACGGAGGAGGAGCCACACUGCUGCUGCCUCUGCCCACAGUGGUGGGACCGAAGUACCAUCUCCUGGCCCACACCACCCUGUCACUGUCACACGUCCAGGACAGCUUCCGCACACAUGACCUCAGCAUCUCGGGCAACGAGGAGUGUUCACACUGGGUGCCUCUCUACGGCAGUGUAUGUUGUCGCCUGGCUGCCCAGCCUCACUGUAUGACCCAACAGAUGAUGAGCGGCUGCUUGAAGGUCAAGUUUGGAGGUGACCCUCAGAGUUGGACAAACGUCUACGGCGUCCUUAAAGGGACAAACCUUUUCUGUUAUCACCGGCAAGAGGAUGUAGAGGCUAACAUAGAGCCAGCUUUUACCAUUUCCAUCAAUAAGAAGACGAGAAUACGGGCGUCGGAGAAGGACCUCCACAAUAAGGCCCAGAGCAUCUGUAUCAGUAACCAUUAUGGAGGAGAGGAGGUGACACACACACUCUCAGCAGACAGUCGUGAAGACACACACCGCUGGAUGGAGGCCUUCUGGCAACAGUUCUAUGACAUGAGCCAAUGGAAGCAGUGCUGUGACGACCUAAUGAAGAUUGAGCUGCCAUCGCCCCGGAAACCAACCCUGGUCACAUCGAAACAGGGUUCUCUUUACCAUGAAAUGGUUAUUGACACCUCUGAUGACAUCAGCACGGUGACGGACAUCCUGGCACGGCGGAUGCAGGAGCUGGAGCUGAGGAGCCAGCUGGGGACCUCUCCUCCCUGGAUGUCCCUGUUCGAGGACUCUCCUGGUUGCCCCCGCACCCACAACCGCCUCCCCCACAGCCCCCUGCGCUGCCCCCGGCCCGGCCUGCUCUCCUCAGAAGCCAGCCUGACCUCGGACAGCGACAGCCCCUGCAGCACCAGCCCUUGCUCCCGCCACAGUGGCUGGGCAGAGCCCCUCUCCCUCUCCUCCCCCUCCUCACACUUCCGCCCCCGCACCCUCUCCCUGGACGCCAAGCUCAGCACCCUCAGGGGCAGGGGGUGUGGAGGGGUGUUACAGUGCUCCUGUCAGCCCCCCUCCUCCUCCUCCCUUGCCCCCAUCCCAGCCCAACGCAUCCCCCAGGCCACCCUGUCCUGCUCCAACUCUACCUCCAGUAACAGCUCCAGUGAGGGCAGCCACAGCCCUGAGUUGUCAGACGGCACCCCUUUCUCACACCCCUCUUCGGCCCGUCAGAGCCUCAGGAACUUGAGGGCUAAACUGGACCCCCGGAAUUGGCUCCAGAGCCAGGUAUAACCCAGCUCAGACCCCCAAAUCACCCAAGGCCCUGGUAAGAACUGACAGGAAUGAAGCCCCCACUUCCUCUCUGAUGAAAGGGCCUUGGUGUUAACUGGAAUGAAUUCACUCUAAUGACAGGAGAAUUGUCAGUGUAUGGGAAUGUUUAGUAUCUGAGUGUGGUCAUGGGGUUGUUGGUGUAACUUGUGAUCUAUUCAAAUGGCUAGACCCACUGUCGUCGGUAAUGGCAAUUAAAAAGCCAGAAAAAGUCCUCUGAAACUACUAAUACACUGAUUUGCUUAUUGCAUGAUUGUGCUCGAAGUCAAGGAAUGUGUUGUUUCAGAUCUUUAAACUGCUCAGAAAGUUAAUGAAUUUUGAAAACUCAACUUAUUGCAACUGUGCUCCCAUUAAUUUAGUAUGCUACUUGUUACUACAACUACUACUGUGAUAACAUCCGGGUCACUUCCUCUGCUGGGUUUCCAGAACUUCCCCUACAUUCAUGAACACAUUGUAGGCCUAAUACACAUCAACCAAUAUUUGAGUUCACCAGGACAUUCCGUUAAGAAACUGACUGCAAUUAUUUGUACCAAUGUAUGGAGUAAUUAUAAUGAAUUGAAGGAAGCCAAAGGUAAUGUACUACAUAAUCACGAGAAGCCAUAUUAACUCCUGUGUUACACUGCCUCAUUCAAGUACCGUGUGCAAAUGUACUGACUUUGAAGAGCGUAGAACCUGGGAAUGUGCAUACAUGGGUGAAGAGUUUUGGAAUCCCACAACUCUGACCUCUUAGUUUGUGGUACUACAGUCAUAAUGUUGUGCCCGGCAAACCGGUCUCAGAAUUCUGCUGCAAUACCAUAUGAAACAUUGUAAUCGAUCAAGUAUGCAAUGCAGGACAUAUUGAUCUAUAGAAAAUAUUGUGUUGUGUUUUUCUUGUCUUGAAAUAGUGUAGUCUUUCACCUAAUGCCAAGCAGCUGAUUGUAUUGGUUAAGUGAUGAGGUGGGCAGGGGUAGGUGUGUCUCUGGUCUGUGCAGUAAAGCCUAACAAUCCCUGUGCUUCCAAUGGACUUUCUAACAUGCUACUGUGUCCCAAGGGCUCGCAGCUGGAGCAAAACAACUGUACAUGCUACUGUGUCCCAAGGGCUCGCAGCUGGAGCAAAACAACUGUACAUGCUACUGUGUCCCAAGGGCUCGCAGCUGGAGCAAAACAACUGUACAUGCUACUGUGUCCCAAGGGCUCGCAGCUGGAGCAAAACAACUGUACAUGCUACUGUGUCCCAAGGGCUCGCAGCUGGAGCAAAACAACUGUACAUGCUACUGUGUCCCAAGGGCUCGCAGCUGGAGCAAAACAACUGUACAUGCUACUGUGUCCCAAGGGCUCGCAGCUGGAGCAAAACAACUGUACAUGCUACUGUGUCCCAAGGGCUCGCAGCUGGAGCAAAACAACUGUACAUGCUACUGUGUCCCAAGGGCUCGCAGCUGGAGCAAAACAACUGUACAUGCUACUGUGUCCCAAGGGCUCGCAGCUGGAGCAAAACAACUGUACAUGCUACUGUGUCCCAAGGGCUCGCAGCUGGAGCAAAACAACUGUACAUGCUACUGUGUCCCAAGGGCUCGCAGCUGGAGCAAAACAACUGUACAUGCUACUGUGUCCCAAGGGCUCGCAGCUGGAGCAAAACAACUGUACAUGCUACUGUGUCCCAAGGGCUCGCAGCUGGAGCAAAACAACUGUACAUGCUACUGUGUCCCAAGGGCUCGCAGCUGGAGCAAAACAACUGUACAUGCUACUGUGUCCCAAGGGCUCGCAGCUGGAGCAAAACAACUGUACAUGCUACUGUGUCCCAAGGGCUCGCAGCUGGAGCAAAACAACUGUACAUGCUACUGUGUCCCAAGGGCUCGCAGCUGGAGCAAAACAACUGUACAUGCUACUGUGUCCCAAGGGCUCGCAGCUGGAGCAAAACAACUGUACAUGCUACUGUGUCCCAAGGGCUCGCAGCUGGAGCAAAACAACUGUACAUGCUACUGUGUCCCAAGGGCUCGCAGCUGGAGCAAAACAACUGUACAUGCUUCAAAGUGGCAUUUGUUACUGUAAAGUUUUUUUGUAAUAAGUUAACAAAACUCUUUUUCUUAUACAUUAUACAUGAUUGAUUUUGUUAUAAAUACAGCUAUAUUGAUUUAUUUUUUAACAGAUUGCAUAUCUAUAACUGUGUCUAAUAGAUAACAUUGAAUGUUAACCUUGCAAGAGUGUCUUGUGUUAGCAGACUGUCUGCAUGCACGUCAUCCUAGGGGAGAAAGGUUUUAAAUACUGUAUUAACAUAACAAUAAUAAAUGAUGUAUCCAUUCAGAAA